UGGGAGGUGAAUCCUGCAUUGGGGAACCUCUCGCUCGGCAACCUGAUCGACAUUACCAACGCCCAUAAACUGACAAUAUAGGAAAUGAGUCGAGCUGAGAGGAGAGACGUCCUUUCUGAUAAGUGAGAGAAGGUGCGACAAGCCGAUCGGCGCUAAUAAAGGGAGUCUGCUGCUCUGCACGGUUCUGAGCUGAGAGGGAAGCUGUGGGACAGUCUAUUGUAGCCUUAUAACUCUGGACUAUACUCGUUUGGGAUUAAGAAAUUUUAUCAGUUAAUUUGCCCGCUUCACUUCAACUAUCAGUGCCCGUUGACUUCUGUUUUUUUUCUUGUUGUUUGUUGUGUUUUUCGUUUUUGUCGUUGCUGUUGCCUAUUCGCGUCCAUCUCAAAAUGUCAACACAAAUCGAUAAAGAGGCUUGCAGAGAAGCUUACAACCAAGUCAGAGACGAUAACACGGAAAUCAAUUGGACGGCGUUUAAAUAUGAAGGCUCUAUGAUCGUCCCUGCAGGACAAGGGACUGACUAUGAAGAGUUUAAGAGCCAGUGCACAGACGAAGCUCGUCUCUUUGGCUAUGUACGGAUCUUGACGGGAGAUGCCAUGAGCAAACGAGCCAAGUUCACCCUCAUCACCUGGAUAGGAGAGAAGGUCAGCGGGCUUCAGCGUGCCAAGAUCAGCACCGACAAGACGCUGGUCAAAGACAUAGUGCAGAGCUUUGCUAAGGAGUUCAUGAUCAGCGAUGUCAAGGAGCUGGACGAGGAGUACAUUCGUCGAGAACUAGUCAAGGCAGGUGGAGCCAACUACGACGCCCAGGCGGAGUAGAGGAGUUGACGCCAGAGUCCACUGGAAUGGGUGGGGUGGGAUGGGGGGUUGUGAUUUGGUAGAUGUGGUAGGGUAGAGGUUCGGGUGGGGGGUGUUGAGGUGGGUCUGCUACCUGUUUGGGAGAGGGAAAGGUGGGGUAAUGGGGCGUGUUUUGGGGGUCUGGCAUUGACUUGACUGAAUGAGAGGACAAAUACAAAGGUAUACACACAACACAAUCAGACACAUACAUUGCAGAUACAUAUUUCACGUUAUUUCAUAGUGAGACUUGGCAAAAAAAUUUCACUUUUCUCGGUCUAUAAGAACACACAACAAACAGCCCCCCCCCCACAUUUCUGUACCCUGCCCUCUCCCACGUCAGGUUGUGGUUGGUUCUCUGCUGUGCUGUGUAUCAUGAUCAUCUCAUACUCAUCAUCUCAGCUAGGCUGCAGCAGGGCUAAAGGAACAACCCGCUAUAUUAAGGCAUACCAGGAUUUCAGAGCCGUUCUUUACCUUGAGUAGUUUUGUAAAAUGAGGAAUAACUAAAGGGUCUCACUCCAAAAUGGUAUUUAUGGAUUUUAGAAAAUAUCUGCUACCUGCUACAACAUGCGCUUGAGUCAUUAUACAGUACAUUGUCCCUGCAGGGGUUCAAAACCUAAUUUUUGAUGAUGGUUUUUGGUGAUGGUUGCUAGCUUGUUUGUCCUAAGCUUGCACCACAGUGCUAAGCAGAUGUUUAGUGACCUCUUCAUCUCUACCCAGGUAGCAGUGUUUGGAUUACAGUCUAAAGUGGAUGCUGUUUGGUCUCUCACCUGCCCCUGUUUGUUGUUAUAAUUACAUUUUUUCCGUAACGUCCUUGAUUAUUGUACUCCAAAAAAAAAGCAUACUUGGUAUGUGAUGGAGUGUGGCCACUCUUCAAUCUCCCUUUCAUGUGUUUUUCACUUAACUGCUACUGUGGGACCCAGUAGUUAAAAUUUUUAGUGAAAGCAAUUACCAACAACAAUUAACUUAGUGCAGAGCCUUUACAGUUCUGUGACUGAAAGGGAAGAAAAGCACAUAAGAAAAUAAGUGAUUUUAGGCAUUGUCUGAAAGCACAUUUAGCAUGCUACCUGUCAAGAAGUGUACUGUAUGAAUUUAAGGAAUAAUUAGCAUAUUGAGCUCCAAAUUUAGUGCAACAUAAGCAUCUUUCAUUAAGAAUGGGAUGAUCCACAAUUGGUAAAUUCUUCUGAUAUUGAACUCCAAAAAGCUUUUAGCUGCUGCCUAUAUUGAAAAGCCAAGGAGUAUGAGCUUUCACAGGUUGAGGAUGGUGGUCUUCCUCUAGGUAUACCAUCUCACAGUCCACCGCUAAUGGGUGUCCCGACAUACUGUGACCCACUGUGCUGACUGCCUUAAUCUCCUGUGGAGAGAGCGGCAUCAUGGGAGUUUGUGGACACUACACUGUGAUUGGCUGUGUCCUUUAGUUGGGGCACGACUUGGUCUGGCUGGUAGUUUACUGUCGAAAAGAGCGGGACCAGCCACUUCUCUGUUGUAGCAUCUCUUUUUAUUCGGUUUCUAACCCCCCAAAUAAAAUGUUUUCCUUCCUCUUCUUCUUUUUUUUUUUUGUUUAAUUUUUUUGAAAAAAAUUUUUUUUUUAUUUCUCUGAAGCAUUUUAUCUUUGAUUUUGUUUUUGAUAAAAUGUUAUCAUGGAAAUUGGAGGAAACGGUUUUCAAAGAAAUUAAAAUGAGAAAAACUGAA